UUUCUGUAAAUUGUCACUCAAAUCGACAGUCUCCUUUUUUAUGUUUAUCUAUUAAGCAAAAUUCACGAUAAAUUACUAUGCCAAGGGCUUUAGAGCGUUUGAAUUUGACAAAAUCCGAGGAGAACAUUCUUAGCAACAAGGGAUACGAGAUAUCAGCGAAACUUGGUGAAGGCGCUUAUGCUAAAGUUUACCUGAGCGAAUACAAAAAGGGCGACGAAACUACUAAAUUGGCCUGUAAGAUCGUGGACACGAAAAAGUCUUCCAAAACCUAUGUGAGCAAAUUUCUUCCUCGUGAAUUGGAUUGUCUGAUGAAACUGAAACAUCCGCACAUCGUUCACGUUCACAGCAUCUUCAGACGGAACUCGAAGUACUACAUUUUUAUGCGGUAUGCUGAAAAGGGGGAUCUAAUGGAUUAUAUUGUCCAAUUCGGAGCUGUUAGCGAAAUACAGACACGAUUCUGGGCAAGACAAAUUGCCUUGGCAAUACAAUACUUGCAUACACUCGGUAUUGCUCAUAGAGACGUUAAAUGCGAGAAUAUCCUGAUAACGGAAAACAAUAAUGUUAAAUUAACGGACUUUGGAUUCAGCAGGUACAUUCUUGACACGAAUUCGAAACAAAUACUGAGCGACACAUAUUGCGGUUCACUGUUAUACACAUCGCCAGAAAUACUUCAAGGCAUACCGUAUGAACCGACAAAGGCCGAUGUCUGGGCACUAGGAGUUCUGAUAUUCACCAUGCUAAAUAAGUGUGUUCCGUUCGACAAUUCGAACAUAACGAUUUUGUAUCAGAGUCAAGUCAAACGAAGGUAUAAAUUUCGCGAACGAAUAUGCGGUAACGUGACGAUGGAGGUGAAGAAAAUGAUCAAACAUCUAUUGGAACCGAUACCGAAAAAGCGUCCGAGCAUAAAUGAGGUGCUAGAAGAUGAAUGGUAUAAAAUGGAUUCGCGAUUGCUGAAAUUGAGUGACUUCGAGAAAGCUGCAUUGGACGAAGCGAAGCGAUUGGACAUUUCAAAAAUGACUGCACCAACCAUUGAUAGUGUCAAUGCUAGCAUACCAAAGAAAGCAUCGGACCGGACACUUAAGGAUGGAAACUUACUUACUGGCAUUGGUGACAAGAUUCUGGAGCCUACUCAUAAGCCGACUGUCGUUGCAUUGGAACAGAAACCGAGUGCAAAAUCACAUAGAAACCAACCGACGAUUGGUGUUACACUGGAACAGAAACGGAGUGCGAAAUUGAAAAAUAACAGUUGAAUGUCCCGUAUUUGUACUCCAAAUUUGAGUAAAUAUUUUGCUAUUU